AUGGCUCGAUCACAUCCGGAGGUCUUAGCGCAUGCCCUCAACCGGUCGCCGUCGAGGAGCCCCCAGCGACCCUCGAACCAGACGGAGGAGAGAGUAUUUGGACUGCGGGACAGGAAGGCCCUGAGACCUUCCCUUACUGCCGCUGGGAGCCCUGGCUUUUCCAUUCUCUCUCCACGGAGAAGGUCAGGCACGAUCCAAGCCUUUGCUGCACCACCGCGCAGAGUCUCUCGGAGGAUCGAAGUCCCAGAUGCAGAGACUGAUGCCGCCCGGAGGACGCAAGAGCAGAAUGUGUCAACUCCUGUUCGUAGGAAUAGUCCUGAUGAGCAAUUGGCGGCUGAAUUGGACAGCGCGACGCGUGAGACCGAAACUCGCAAUCCGUCAGCGUCUUCGUUGCUGCAAGAAGAUGGCGAGCCGGAUCUGCCUCCAACACCGACAGAACUAGGCCUGGAAAAACGGCCUGAACGACCAAGGGGGCUGCUGAGCAGUCCAAGCGCUCAUUAUGAGAAGCGCAAAAAUCGAAGAGAGGGAUUGCGACCAAGCACGCUCAGACUAGGCCAUGUGGAGCUGUCACCAGAAGACAACAAAAGCCAAGAUGAUACACCAGAGGAGGUGCGGCAGAAGCAAAAACAAAGAGACGAGCUCGCAGCACAACUUGAACGCCUCAAGGCCGAAGUCGUGCAAUUGGAAAGUUGGGCACAGCGGACUGAACGACCAUUUGACGGUCCAGAGCCCGACGCAGAUGCUGUUAGGAAUCUCAUUUCUCUGUUGACGACGUCGAACCCGUCGUGCGCGCCGCCCUCUGCGCUGGCGCCUCCAGAUCCUCCACCACUAUCGUCUGUCAUUUCUUCACUUCUCCCUUUCGCAGCAAAGGCCGUGCCUGAGAAACCGCGUCCGACAUCUCCUGAUCCGACGAAUCCGUUUGCUCUUAAGGAACUUGCGGACCCAACACCUUAUCUCACCGUUUUUGCUCCAUUAAAUCUAACAUACUCUACAAAGAUCUCCGCGUCAUCGGACGCCGAACCAACCUUGGCAGAAACGCAUGAUAUAACUCUCUCAGCGCCUUCUCCUUUUCCUCGGCAUCUAUACAAGAUACCUCUGACCUUUAAGACGAAUUUGGAGUCGCAAUGUGUGACGUCGAUAUCGAUAUCGAAUGACCAUUCUGCUCAGUCUUCGAAGAUCCCAUCAGCCCUGCAUGGUUGGAUCAAGUCUCGCUUGGCAAACCCACUACUACAGCUGGAUAUCUCUGGUCUCUGCUGGGGAAUUUGCCGAUACUGGGAGGCUUCUGUCUGCCGUGCAAGGAUCUGGGCGAAAUUGAAAAGGAAGCAUGACGCCUUGGUCGCAGGUGGCAUCGCGGGGGCCAGAGUUGAUGACAUGGGCAGCAGCGUCGACGAGGAGAUGAGAAAACCGCUGAGGAAAUCCGAUCUCCGGGCGAUAGUCCCACACCUCGAGCGGACAACGAUGGUCUUUUCUUACGGCGCCAAAAAGCGAGAAUCAAAACUCCUUCUCUCCUGUCCGUUGAUCCUGGACGAAUGGACCGGCGAGCCGCAAUUGAAGCCUGAGAUCAGCAUCUCGAUCCCUGACCUUGCGGACACCAAAAGGCUCAAGGUAGAGCGGGAUGUGAAGAAGCUGUUUCGCAACCUGCUCAAGGAGGGAAGGAGAAGAAAAGGGGAUGAUACAAGCAAUGGGGAUGGCCCAGAAGCAGAGGCCAUCGUGAAAGCGACCGAAGGUGUUAUGGGUGUCUUGUUUGGGAUUGAUGUCCUUACGGCGAAGAGUAAUGGUACAGGCAAGCAAUAA